CCCCGCUGCAGCGCAGCCAGCCGGGCAGCAGGGGGAGAGCCGGAGCCGGAGCCAGGAGGAGCCCGUCCGGCUCCCGCUUCCUCCCGCAGACCGGCCCCGGCGCGCCGAGCCCUCCCUCCUCCUCCCGGCGGCGGGCGGUGCAGCGGCCGGCCCCAGCCUGGCUCCGUCCCCCAGCGAGCUGCGCCCUGCCCCGGGCGGGGGCCGGGGACCCCGCCUGGCCGCGCCCUGCGGAGCCCCGGCGGGUGCCCGGGCUUGAUUCCUGCCGGAGGGGGGGCGCCCCCGCCCGCCGCCUUUGUUCGGGGGCAUGCAACAGGUCCCCCGAAGUUGCAGCCGCCGCUAGAGCGGGCGCCCGGCGGCUCCGGCCCGGCCGAGAUGGGGAGCGGCGCCCCGCAGCCCGGGAGCCAGGACUGAGCCAGCCCCGGGGCAGCGCGGGGGGCCUGGCAGGAUGGGCGGGGGCUGACGGCUCUCAGCCGCACCACCCCGCGGCCCGGAGCCGGGCGGCGUGUCCGCAGCGUCUCCCCCGGUCCCGGGGAAGCGGCGUUCGCGGCUUGGCUCGUGCCCGUGGGGCUGCGGGCUGUGCCCAGCUCUCCGUGGGGGAGAAGCCGCCGAGUAUUGCCAUGAGCCCUGGGGCCAGCCCCCCGCCCCUGGCCACUGGGGUGCUCUGGGGCCGUUGGUAAGAAGCUCCCGGGAUUUUGUUUCCAAUCCUGUGGGGUUUUUGUUUUGUUUUUUUCCCGGCUGGCAGCAAUGAGGGACGAUGCCGGUUGUAUUUCUGUCUGGUGAAGGAAGCCGGCCAGCUCUGCGUCCCUGCGGGGGCGACCCUCCGAGUGCUGGGGGUCUGCACGUCCACUGAGGCGGGCACAGAGAGGGCACCCUGCCUUGGAGCUGCCCAGCCGCCUCGCUUCCCGCCAGGGGCUACCGAGACCAAAUGCUGUUGCAUGAAGCCCAGGGGAGGCGUUUCGGGUGAGGCUCCUGGUGGCUUGGCUAUACCAUGGGCACCAAGCAGACCAAAGGAUGCCAGCCUCCCGGUGCAGGGGAGAGCCCCCAGUCACACAAUCCAGGCUCCCGCAAGAAGAUGCCAGCUAGGGACCGGGGAGACUUCCUAGCUUCCUUCAUGGUGAAGUCCAGUGAUAAGUUUGGGAAGAGUGGAGGGAACGUGCCCCCUUAUCACCGGCGGAUCUGUAUGAUCCAGGACAUGCUGCUGCUAGUGAAGCAAGGGAAACAGGAGGAGGCGACUGAGCUGCUGAAACACCUGCGACAGGACUUAGGAAUGGAAUCGACCUCCCUGGAUGAUGUCCUGUAUAGAUAUGCCAGCUUCCGAAACCUGGUGGAUCCAAUCACCCAUGACUUGAUCAUCAGUCUCGCUAGAUACAUCCAUUGCCCCAAACCGGAGGGAGACUCGUUUGGAGCCAUGGAGAAGGUCUGCAGGCAGCUGACCUACCACCUCAGCCCUCACUCACAGUGGAGACGCCAAGGGAUCAUGAAGAGGAAGUCUCAGUCCUGCUUGAAAGCUAUCCUGGUGGGGACGCCUCAGAACAACACAGUGGAUCUCUCUGGCAUCCCUCUGACACUGAAGGACUUGGACCGCAUCAUCUCAUAUCUCCAGCACAGCUCAGAGCACAUCGACAAUGUGGAGCUGUGCUUCACGGAGCUGACCGACGAGAUGUUCCUUCAACUUCUGCCCAUCCUCAGUGCCCUGCCUCACCUCACCACUCUCUCCCUGAACGGCAACAGACUCACCAAAGCAAUCCUUCGGGACCUGACAGAAACGCUGAAGGACCCCAAGAAGUUCUCCAGCGUGACGUGGAUUGAUCUGGGCAACAACGUGGAUAUCUUUUCUUUGCCGCAGCCCUUUUUGGUCAGCCUCAAGAAACGAUGUCCCAAGCAAGGCAACUUGCCAACCAUUCUGGAGUUCGGGGAGGGCCAGAUGAGUGACUUGGAAAGCCAAGAGGACCUGUGCUCAGCUGACGAAGAUAGAAACCAACCUGACAAGAUCAACAAUGCAGACACCAGACGGUUGCUGACAGAGAGAACAAUUGAGGUUGGGACGCUGACAAAUAAAUGUGACUCUGAGCAGGAAGCUGCUUGUCAGACAGCUCAGACAUGAUGUUCAGCUGUGUAUCACUUGGCUGGGUACUUUGAAAAGAGACACUUUAAAACUGAUACCUCACCUGUGAAGGUUCUUAUUAAGUGUUGAUUUACAUGCUCAGAUGUAAAGGUACAUCUGUACAUGUUCAGAUGUCUAUACAAUCAAUGCUUUGAGACUUUAGACUGUUGCCCCAUCAGUUUCCUCUCAUCGUAUGAAUGUCAACCGAUUUUGUUUCAUAGAGAACAUAAAAAUGUGAUCAAGUUGUAUACUUAUAUUUUAUAAAGCUGGCCAGGUAUUUUUAAACCUUAGCAAUGAGCUGUGCUUUUUAUCUCUCUCUUUAAAAAAAAAAAAAAAACUAUAGCACCAAGGUAUCGUAAUGCCAGUUCCCUUAAAUAGCACAAAAGGAGAGGAAAGCAGCAAACAGAAUUUGCCGGAGAGGUCUCUGUUUUGAGAUGAGAUCAUUCUUACUGAAUCUAGCAAAAUCUUAGUUUUAAAGUUCUCUCUCUUGUAAACAAUGGAUAAAUGGCUGCCUUCCUAAGGAGGACUCUUGCGGAGACCAAAUUAAACCUAUCCCCACUCUGAACCGCACUGAAGAGUAGCGUACUUGGUCAAUGACAAAACAACCGGGGAAUAUUUCUUUGCACCAGCCAGAAAAGAUGAAAUUCAUCUCCUGUGCAGAGAGGUCAGCACAAGGAGAAUGUGCCCCGUAAGACUUGUUUUAAUUGGAGUAUAGUUGUUGGGCUGGGCAUAUGUACCGGGGUGAAUUUCCACUGCAGAUACCUGCUCCUUACUACCACCAUUUGGAAUCUAGAAAGGCUGUCUCACUCUCUGGCCUUACAGUACUGAGAGCACAUUUGGUCUUAGAGUUUGGCUACCACUCCCACUACUGUAAAUAACUCCUUUGCUUUCAGUGAAAUUACUUGGCGUUUGCACCACUGUAACUGAGAGCAGAAUUUGGGACCGUCUGCAAAGUCUGAAUUCAGGGGUUUGGUUCAGGCCCAUCUCUAGUACAUGUAAAGGGACAGAGCUGUUCCUAAUAAAUAUUUAUUACAAUAUGGAAUGUUUAUAGAAGAAAAACGAACAAAAAGUUUUCCUUUGGAAAUUUUUUAAUACACUGCCGUUCCAGGGUGGGCAGGCACAAGCCAACUGAAGAUACAUCAGGCCUGUACCAGUCUUUUAGGUUAUUUGACUGUCCCUACUCCCCCCGACCAGAAGUGCUUUGUUUCUAACAUUUUUAGAAGAGAAACAGUUUUGAAUUUCCAAUAGCAAAUGGAGAUGGGACUUGCACUGCUGGCUUUGAAUCUGGAUCCUGUCUUCCCCAAAGUUCAGAGGAGUUUGGAGCUGGAAUUUGCAGUGAGACCCAUCUUUCUAGAGCAUUUUAGUACACUUAAAAGGACCAAACCUGAUUUCCUGGCAUGAAAUGUAGCCAUUUGGCUUUCUGUUUGUGUCCUGUUAUUUGAAUAGCUUUAGAGCAUCAUCUCCUUGGCUCAAGCAUGAGUGACAACUCUUUUGGCUUUAUCUACAAGUACAAAUGCAUUCAGAGAGUUUUCAAUCUUCCCUUUGGCACUAGCCCCAUAACAUUGCUACACUAUAAGUCUGCUUCCCCUCCACAUGCAAGAAAAUAUCUUAUAAGAGAUUCUGCUACUCAUUUAAAUACAGCUGGCAAAAUUCAUUAUGAUUUGCAUGUAUCUAACGUUUUUCUAACUGCUCAUUCUUUUCACCAGGCAUAAAAACCUUGCAGUGAAUAAACUUUUUCUGUUUGCAGUAAAGGAGCUAUCCAUAAUCAAAAUAAAUGACAGUGUUUAAUAGAGA